AAGAUUUGAUUGAGUUUAAAAUUAUUGAAAAAGAAAAUGUUGCUGAUCUAAAUGCUUUUAGUGGACUAGUUGAAAAUAUAUCCUACAAAUUGAGAGAUUUCAGUAGUUCUAUAAAAGUAAUUAGUUUAAUCAAAGAAAGCGAAAAUAAAUCAAAUAGUUUUAAAGAAAUUUUGCUUUCUGAUAUUUUUGAAAUUAAAGAAGGAUUAACUAAAUACACUAAAAAAUUCAUUGAUGAAAAUCCUGGUGAAUAUCCAGUCUAUUCUUCUCAAACGACUAAUCAAGGCAUAAUAGUUUUUCUGAGAAAAGGAAAAUUUAGCAUAACAAAUAAUUGCGGGGCAUUGAUGCCCAAAAAAGAAGCAAAAAAUCUGUUAUUAGAUUAUUUAUACUGUUUGCUGUCAGAGAGUUUGAAAAAUAAUGCCGUAGGUAGUGGGAACAAACGAAUUACGGUUGAAACAAUUAAAAGUGUGAAAAUAAAG